GUUCUGUUUUGACUCUUCACCCUGACAGACCAAAACUACGAUGGAAGUCGACAAAUCUCCCAACCACAAGUCCUCUCGGAACCAUUCCACGGACACCCUUCGCACUCGCAAAUCACACAGAUCCAGCUCACGGGACCGUCGAGAGCGUCGCAGGGACGAUGACCGGCGGCGACGCAGCCGCAGUCGGGAAAGAGGCAGCGAGCGGGGGCACCGAGAUCGGGAUCGUGAUCGCUCUCGGGACAGACACAGAGACCACCGGGACCGGGACCGGGACCGAGAUCGGGAGAGACGUCGGGACUCAGGCAGGGACUCGGGCAGGGACUCUGGGAGGGACUCGGGCCGCGAGAAACACCGAGAGAGAGACCGCGACCGCGAUAGGGACCGUGAUCGUGACUACGAGCGCCGUCGCAAGAGGGACGACGAAGAUGAUGGGAGAGAACCCAAGAGAAAGCGUUCAGGCGACUUGGAUCCACCGCCGCCUCCUGGUGCUCUGCCCCCACUGCGAAGCCCACGGCGCAAAGAUCGCUCACCUAGCCCCGCAAUCAAGCGUCCUUCUCCGACAUACGAGGCGCCUCCCCAAGAGGAUUACAAUCCCGAUGAACCCAAGGAAGACGACUCGGAAGCCCGCUCCGUAUUUGUGUCCCAACUUGCGGCUCGUCUCACUGCUCGAGAUCUAGGCUACUUUUUCGAGGAGAAGCUUGGAGAUGGUGCGGUUAUGGACUCGAGGAUUGUCACUGACAGGAUGUCUCGUCGCUCCAAAGGAAUUGCAUACGUCGAGUUCCGCAGCGUCGAACUGGUUGACAAGGCUAUUGACUUAUCAGGCACUAUCGUCAUGGGUCGACCUAUCCACAUCCAACACACCGAGGCAGAGAGAAAUCGACUGCAUGCUGGCGAUGGUAACCUCAACUUGCCCCCGGGUGUCUCUGCUCCUCAUGGCGGCGCUAUGCAGCUUUAUGUUGGUUCUCUGCACUUCAAUCUGACGGAAGCGGAUAUCAAGCAGGUCUUUGAACCCUUCGGCGAUCUCGAAUUCGUCGAUCUGCAUAAGGAUCCUGUGACAGGGCGAAGCAAAGGCUAUGCAUUCGUCCAGUACAAACGGUCCGACGAUGCUAAAAUGGCACUAGAACAAAUGGAUGGGUUUGAGCUUGCAGGACGGGAACUUCGCGUCAACACCGUGCAUGAGAAAGGCACCAUUCGAUACGCAGCGACUGAAAGUCUCGAUGACACGGGCGGCGGUAACUUGAAUGCCGCAUCCCGUCAGGCACUGAUGCAAAAACUUGCCAGAAUUGAACCGGUGAACAUGGCAGAACCCGCUUCACGUCUCAACAUUCCUCAAACUAUGCAAUCACGCUCUGUGCUCCUGAAAAACAUGUUUAACCCUGAAGAAGAAACUGAAGCCGAUUGGGACCGUGACCUGGCGGAAGAUGUCAAGAACGAAUGUCAAGAGAAAUACGGCAAAGUCGAGGCCAUCAAGGUCGAAAAAGAGACCCAGGGGGAGAUAUAUCUUAAAUUUGAGUCCGUGGAGUCUGCUAAGAACGCGGUGCAAGGUCUGAACGGGCGCUGGUUUGGAGGCAAUCAAGUGUCUGCCGCCUUCAUCUCGGAUGCGAUCAUGGCUGCACACCAGUAACAAAUCGUUGGGUUCUCCUCGCAUGCCCCAAAUUCUUGCUCUUUUUUCCUCUGAAUGCAAUAUGAUGCACAGGUUUAUCUGUCAUAGGCACUAAAGGCGGGUCUUAUAUAACAUUGCUCAAUAACCAUUUUUUGCGUAGAUCCCAAAAAAUACACGUGCCCUUGAAGGUGUUUGAUCGUUCUGUCCCUCUGCCAAGGUCGAAGUGUCCACGUCCUCUGCUGUCAAUUGAACCCCCUGCUCCCGGUUUCGUCUGGCGUUCUCCCAGCGCAUCCAGAAGCGCGUCGCCAGCACUAAGACGAUACAGAGUGCGCUGAACGACGCUGUAAUCGUGUGUCAGACUUUCCCGUGGCGAUUCGCGCCGACGCACGCACCCGAAGUUGCCAGAGCGGGAAUGUAACGUGGCUCAUCCUGAGCACGGAAGACGUUGGUGCUGAUCAAACCUAUAUCGCAUUGGAGUCCGACAGGUCUGAGAUCCCGAGCGCCCACUCACCAGCGGAAUUGGCCACUGCAACCAUCACCGCGGCAACGACUGCGCGCUGACUUUCUAGAUGUGUGUUGUUUCUGUGCAAAACUUUCGGCACACGCCGGGCCCGGAAUUGCAAGUGGACUUACGUAUACCAAACUGACAUGAGCACAGUGGGUGAAAAGGCCUAGUCGUGUCAGCCAGCGCGUAUCGAUUCAGAGUUGUGCGACGCACCCCGCAAGUCAAGCAGAAGCACGCAAAACCACUUGCCAAUGGCAAGCAACUGUGCAGAAGGAUCAGCCUCGAUGCGACUCGCAGUCGAAGACGACAGACGUGUCUGAAAAAGAAGUCAAUAGUCGGAGGAGUAUGAGAGCAGAAGCAAUGCGACGGUCCCGGCGAUAUUGGGUGCCACCGUAUACAG